AGCCGCGGCUGGGUGAUGUCAGGCUUGAGGAGGAGCCUCCGCCGCCUGCCCUUUUACUUUCGGGCGCCGGCACUUGGCCGCAGGCUGCUGCCGCUGCUGGCCGCCCCCCCCACCCCCCUUCACCCCCUCCAGUAUGGGCACUCCGCACUUUUAAAGCCGGGGCGGCCGCCCUCUGCGCCGCCCCGGCGCGGAAGGGGGGCACGGUGAAUUGAUUAAAAAUCGCUAUUUACGUGGUUAUUCAUUGCCCCGCUCCGGGCAUGUGAACAACCACCCCCCCAAAACACCCCCCCCCCCCCCCCCCAGCCACCCCCAGCGCCAUGCCGGCAGCCUGCACCCUGCUGCUGCUGCUACUGGGGCUGGGGCUGGUUCCGCCGACCGGGUCGUUGCCCCUCGCUUCCCCCCGGCGCCUUCCUCCUCCUCCGUCCAGAAGCCGUCUGGACCGCCCUUGCUCGACUCCCGCCGUGGGACUCGCCGGCAGCUCGGCCAUCAAAAGCAGCCAUCAGGCGAGAAGUUUGCACAUGGAGAUGAGGACUUCUGGGACUCUCGUGGACAGUGUGGAGCUGGUGACGAUGCUGGGCAGGAGUGGGGAGCGAGCAUCACUGCCUGCCAGGCACGGUGCGGUGCUGUCAGAGGGUGGGGUAACGAGGCACACUGGUCACCCCCCCAGUGAUGGGGAUGUCACCCCACCAGGAGCAGGACCCCCAGGUAGCUCUUCUGCUGGGACAACGACCCUCCUGCCCACCCACAGCCAUCCUCCUGCCACUGGAAGCCAUCACCAUGCUGCAGGCAGCUGGGAGAGAGGCAAGAGGGCUCUGGCUUCUCCCAGCACCCCUGUAGAUGCUGAGGGGACACCAUGGGUUUUGACAGCCAUCAGCACCAAUUCGGCUGAGAGGAUGCUGGACAGGCACCGAGGGACCUGGGACGUGGCAGGGUUCAGCAAUGCAACGAGGACGGUGCUGCUGCCUCCAUCCAUGGAGACUCGUUCCCCAGGCACCGGUGGCCCUUCUCGACCGGAGAGAGGAUGGACAGGCACGGAGCCACCCAGCAACCCAACCACGGGCACCACAGUCCCUUUCCCCAGCCCCUCGGGGAGCAGCAGAGGGACACUGCAGCCCCUCCCCAGCACCCCCCUCCCUGGCUCUCCAGGACAGCCCCAGUCAUCCCCCCAAGCUUCCAGUACCCAGACCAGUGCAAAGCACAUGGCAGUACACCCCAGGGAUGUUACGGGGGUCCCCACAAGCUCUUUGCUCACAGCAUCGCCUGCCAUGGACAACACUUUCAGAGCUGCUGGGAGCAGCAGUGGGGCUGCAGAAAACCUGAGCUUCGGUAUCCAAAGGGCAGCAUCCAGCUCCGCAGCUCAGCCCCCAGCGUCGGCAUCCUCUUCGAUGGCCCCAGCAUGGAGACGUUUCCCUGGGCUCUCUACAGAGCACCAAUUCGGCCGUUCUCACCCAGCCGAGGAAAGCACUGGCACAGAUGAGCUCGCCAUUGGAAGCAGCUACCACCCGUCCAGCAUCUUGGCCAUGGAGAGAGGAGUUUCGGAUUUCCCCACCACCAGCACCUCUGUUUCCACAACAGCCACCAAGGGUGGAGGGAGGACAUUGAGGUCUCUGCCAGCCAGCACCAAACUGGCCAGUUCAGCAGAGAUUUCCACUUCUGGUAUCAAAAUCACCAGCAAUUCUGACCAGACCUCGUCCCCUGGGGUGUCUUUGGGAGCCCAGGGUGGUGGUGGCAGAGGUGCCACAGACCUGUUGCUCACGGACUCGCCGUCUGCUUCGGAAAGCGCUUCCAUGACCUCUAGCAGCAAUUAUGAACCCAAGAGCAUCUCAGCUGCAGAAGAGGUGACACUGAACUCAGAUCCCCACGGUGCUGACGUGCCCAGCGUGGCAAUGGGGGUUCCAGGAUCCCCUGCAAACAACAGCACAGCUGUGGUGACAAGGGGCUCUGCCACCAGCACCAACCCCAUCAGCUCUUUUGGGGAGACCUUCUCCUUCUUGGGGACCAGGACGUACCGUCAUACCAGCUCACAGCAAGCCACCGACCUCCCAGCAUCUCCUGAGAAGCCUUUGCUCACAAGCUCCCUCUCUGCCUCCGAAAGUACUUUCAGAGGUGUCAGAAGCAGCCACCGCCCAGUUAACAGCUCAAUGACAGAGAAAAACCCCCUUGCUUCCUCUCCCACCAGCGCUUUCAUUUCAGCCAUGGCCACCAGCAGUGGUGGGAGGUCCCUGAGGUCUCCCACGGGCAGCAGCCCGUGGGCAGCAGAAGUCUCCACAUCCAGUAGUGGUACAUACAGGACCUUGGGCACAGUCCAGUCCUCAUCCAUGUCUUCUAUGGGAGAGACCUACGGAGGUCACGGGGCCAGAGACACCACAGAUUUCACCGAGCGGGUGGCAGACCCUUCGCUAACACAUUCUCCUUCAGAAGGUCCUUCCACAGCUACUGGAAGAAGCCAUGUGUCGUUCAGCAUCCCAUCAAGAGAGAGAAGAACUGAUUUCCCUAUCACCAGCACCUCAGUUUCCACAACAGUCACCAAGGGUGGAGGGAGGACAUUAAGGUCUCUGCCAGCCAGCACCAGACUUGCCCAAACAACAGAGAUUUACACCACUAGUACUGCAACCACCAGGUCUCCAGACAAUACCCAUUCCUCCUUAGGAGCCCAGGGUGGUAGUAGCAGAGAUGCCACCGUGUCAUCCAUGGACUCAUUGCUCAUGGGUUCACCAGCUGCUUCAGAAAGUACUUCUCCAGCAGAAGGCACCUCAGGAGGACACCUGCCCAAUGCUCCUCUCACCAGUACACCCAGGUUGGUGAUGACCACCAGCAGUGGGGAGAGGACCAUGAUGCCUGUGUCAGACACCCGUGCAGCAUCCAGUGCAGCAGGGAGCUCUGCUCCUGCUUCAGCCCACACCAUGUCAUUGGACGUGGUCCUUCUGCCAUCCUCAUCAGCAGCAGAGCCCGGCAGGCAGAGUGAUGUUUCACAAAGCGGUGCUGGACUUGGUGAGCUCACCACAGAGCCACUGCCUGUGUUUCCUACCAACAGUUCCAUGCCUUCACCUUCACCAAGUGCUUCAGAGAGAGGAAAAAGAGUUUCUGGUACUCCUACUCAGACCACGUACACCUCGACUGCACUCUCCAGUCAUGAGGAGGGGACAUCUCAGGCUGCUGCUCACUAUGGCACAUGGAGCACAGUGGCAGCAAGCCCCACGUCUCGUGUGGACAUGGCUGUGGAGCCCCGCACCAGCCCCCUGCCAUCCUCCACGGCAUGGCCUGGAGCAGGACACGUCUCGUCUGGCCGUGCGGGGUACCCGGAGCCGGGGGUCACCCUUUCAUCCAGGGUCUCCACCUACUUCUCAGCUGCUGGUGAACCUUCUACUGUGGGCAGCAGCCAUCGUUCCCUACGCAGCUCGAGUGCUGAGGAAAGGACAUCCAGCCCCAUCACUGACCCUGUGUACAGUUCAUCUGCGUCUGCUAGCGGGAGAGAGAGGACGCUGCACCCGGUGACAGAUGGCACACUGGCUGGUGGCAUGGAGACCUCCGUAUCCUAUGCUGAGACCUCCAGCUCUCCAGGGCCAGCUGAGCCGGCAUCAGUGGAGCACAGUGGGAUGGCCAACACCUCGGCUGGCAGCGUGGGCUUUGCGACAGAGACGCUCUUCACACGUUCUUCCAAGAUACCCACUUCUUUCCAAAAUGAUCUCACAAGCUUUUCAAGUAGCCAUCAGCCAGUUGGUAGCAUCGAUGCUGAGAAAAGGACCUCGGUUUCUCAUACGGAUGGCACAUACAUUUCAACCACAUAUACUAGAGGAGGAGAAAGGACCCUCCUGUCUAUCUCAAAUAGCAGCACCUCUGCUGACUCCUCGGAAAGUUCCACCUUUUUUUCUGAAAUUUCGAACCCUUCUGAUUCAUUGAAGUCUUCUGUGGCCCAGGACAGGAGGAGGAACGUAUCCAAUGAUGGCAGUUUUAUUGAGCCAUCUACAGAGCCAUUGCUGGUACACUCUUCCAAACAGCUGACUUCUGCUUCUGCAGGCAGUGUACAAAAUACAACUCUUUUCAACACUGACUCCGAGUUGUUGACCACUGAUAGAUCAUCUCUAUCUUCAUCAGAAUUUCCAGCCUCUUCUUCAGUGUCAUCACUGCAUCACUUGCUGUCAUCAACACCACCCCCAACUUAUUUGUUUACAUCAUCAGAGUCAUCUGAGCCACUCUUGUCCUCUGUGAUGGCAUCCUCACCCCCUCUGCAGGCUUUGUCAUCCUCUUUGCCUACUUCCUCGUCACUUUCCCCAUCUUAUUCAUUAGCAUCUUUUUUGCCUCUGUUUUCAUCAUCACCAUCUGUCUCACAGCCCAGUGAUAGUGAUCAAGCAAGCACCUCUGUGGCUACAACUGUGGUCAGACGGGUGCCCUCCACAGCUGCUGUGGCCAGGAGCUCACCUAGAGGGACCAACAAGCACAGUGCUACACACCAGCCCCAAAACAACACCACCUUCACCUCCACCAGGUCUCCUCCUCUCCCCACGUCGCCCAUGGAACAGCUUGGUGGUCAUAUCAUGUCUGUGUCCACUCCCAUGACAGUAACAGAGACUGCCUCACUGAGAGCCACCACCAUCCAGGGAGGCAGCUUUGCAAAGGCAACAUCGCUGCUCACCACAGCUGGUGAUGCCCCAGGGACUGGGCUGACAGAUGCACCCCUUAGUCCCUCACCAAGUGUGACAAACCACAGCGUCAUUGUCCCUGCAUUGGCAGUGACCACAGUGAAACCUCCUGUGCUGACAACACCAGGUGAUGCUAGCACCACGAAAUCUCACAGAACUCAAGUGCCUGCUACCACUAAGCACAUGUAUACCACUGGUGAAAGCACAGAAGCUGUGGAUCCCACCACUGCAAGGCCUGGUAAAGUCACUGAGGAAAACAGCCCUGUUACGAGUCCUUCUGAAACUCCUCCAACCAGCAAGACCACUGUGAGCAUUGCAACUACUCUGGCUGCUACCAAACCAACCACUGUUCCUCUGUCAAGUAGCACAACUGGGCUGAGGACAUCAUCUCCAGCAACAGAUGUGGAUAAAUGUCUUUCCAACCCUUGUCCUGCACUGGCCACCUGCAACAAUACCCAUGGCUCCUAUAUCUGUCAGUGUCCUCUUGGAUAUGAGCUGGAAAAAGGAAAGUGCAAUCUAGUAAGAAUGUUUAUCGGCCAGGUCCCCCUGAAACUUAAUAUUACGCAUGGGAAGUAUGCAGAGCUCCUCCAUGUCGAAGGUGAAAUCCUGGCGAUGCUCGAUGCAGCACUGUCAGGCUUGCCAGGCUACCACCGCUCCACGGUUAAGGUGACCAGGGAGGCAAAUUUUGUGCAUGUUUCAGUGCAAUCCACGUUCUCUUUAGCAUCCAACGUGACUUUCUACGAUGUUGUCAGCAGUGUGAAAAGCUACAUUCGAGCUUGCAAAUCCCCCACUGAAGCCUGCCAGUUCAUCUCCAGCCUGAAACCGCUCCACAGAGUUGGCAGCUUGUGCAGGCAGAAAGACCCUGAGUGCGACAAGGAAACAUCCGAAUGCACCGACUUCGAUGGGGUUGCCCUCUGCCAGUGCAAAAGUGGGUACUUCAAAUACAACAAGAUGGACCACUCCUGCAGAGCCUGUGAAGAUGGAUAUAAGCUGGAAAACGACACCUGUGUGAGCUGCCCCUUUGGUUUAGGUGGAUUCAACUGUGGAAACCCGUAUCAGCUCAUCACUGUGGUGAUCGCGGCUGCAGGAGGGGGACUUCUGCUUAUCAUGGGCAUAGCACUGAUUGUCACCUGCUGCCGGAAGAAUAAAAAUGACAUAAGUAAACUCAUUUUCAAGAGUGGAGAUUUCCAGAUGUCACCAUAUGCUGAAUAUCCGAAGAACCCACGGGCACAGGAAUGGGGCAGAGAGACCAUCGAGAUGCAGGAGAAUGGAAGCACCAAGAACCUGUUGCAGAUGACAGAUGUGUAUUAUUCGCCAACUGGACUGAGAAAUCCUGAACUGGAAAGAAAUGGACUUUAUCCUCCCUACACUGGUUUGCCUGGAUCUCGACAUUCAUGCAUCUACCCUGGACAAUACAAUCCAUCCUUCAUUAGUGAUGAAACCAGAAGAAGAGACUAUUUUUAGUGGGGAGUGGAGAGGGAGCAGAAGAUCAACACAAUUUUGUGGCCCUUGAUCCCCAGGUACAAUCUGUCUCCUGGGUGGUUCCGCCCACAUCAAUCUGACUCUUCCCAUUUAACAGGAAGGACUUUGAACUCCACGCCGAGCAUUGCUGUCCUGAGGAACAGUUACACUUGCUGAGCAGCAGGAAGAAGGAGGAGGGAAUGACUCAAGAUGCACAUCACUGAAAGACCCAGAUGGAAGUUAACUCAUGUACUCCGGAUUUGUUCUGUGCUGCUUUUUCCACUCUUUACGCUACAUGGCAAGCAUGGAUCAGCACAGACAGAUGAACUGUGCCCAGCACUCUGCGUUGAAUACCACUAGGGAGUGUUUUGUUUACAGAUCAUGCUCACUGUUGACUGUGCUUGUUGUCUUAGCCAGCCUUCAUGCAAAGACUCACUGUGUAACUCCUUUGGUAGGGCAAGUUUGUCUACUUAUUCCACUGCUGCAUUGCUUUCUGUUUCGUACAUGACAGGCAAGCUAGCUCGUCCUCUGGCCCUCAUGUUCUUACUGGUAGAAGUUCUCCAGAUGGCUGGGUCCUUGCUGAAGCCUGGCGCCUGACAAUGUUGGCUGAAUUCGUGGGCUGAUUGUCUCCAAGGAGUACAGGAAAGUUAGUCAUUCCACUGCAAUUCUAACUGAAAAAGACACAGUUGAUCCUAUGGGCCACUUUGAAAACUUCCUGUACAUAGGGAAGAGUCCAAGUACAUUGUUGUUUUGUCAGACAGAAUUGUUCAGAAGUGAUGUCACUACAUGCCGUCAUAGUGCUUCCAUGUAGGAUCUUUUGGGGCUCUGUUUCCCUGCAGGGUUUUAAAUGCCUGUAGAAACAGAAAUAUCAUUUUAAAUGGUUGCUCACAGGAAAGAAAAACAUGAGCUGGGAAUUCAGCGUGCUCUUUACAAAGAAUCUGUGAAGGAGCAAUAAUGCUAUAGCCCUGGUUGAGCAGGUGGAACCUGAAUUCUGGGCACUGCAGGUGGGACAUAGUUUUCAAGCCUCCACAGCCCCCAUUGACUUCAGUUGGUGCUGUGGAGGCUUUUGAUAUGUUGGAAAAUGAGGCUCGCUGCAGUCAGUUCCAUUUAAGGGACAGAAAAACAUGAUGCCUUCAGUUGUAUCACAACAAAGAUCACUUAUGUUGAAUGGUUUUGCUUUCUUCCAUCAUAGUUUCGAUUCAUUCAAACCAGAUAGGUUUCCUCACCUAGGUAUGUUAUUUCAUAUUAAUCACUGUGGCAAAAGGUGAAGAAUGUAAGAUAUUACAUUUCUCACCAAAGAUUAGAUUAAAAGCUCAUGGACUGUAUCCUGAUCUGAACUGGGUGUUGAAAGAGAUCUUGUUAAUGAAGCAUAUUUACCACUUAUGUGGUACACCUACGGCUGUGUGAACCUGAGUCAUCCAAACCCCGUCCAGAUACGGAUCCUUCCCGUGCAUGUGACUGUGCUUUUAAUUCAAGGUGGCUGCUUGUGUGAGGAUAAACCAAUAGCACAAUUCCUUAGCCAUUAACCCACCAUCUCUGUAGUGCACACCUAAGCUAAUUUCACCGAAGGGCACAUACCGUCCAAUAUUCCCUUCUCCCUUGCAGUGCUCAGAAAGAGACACUGCCUACAAGCAAGUUCAUAAGGUAGGCUGCCGAGGACAGUGUGGUUUGCACUUACAUGAUUUUAUGGUGACGAUACAUGCAAGUUCAUGUCUGUCUGAUCCAUAAUCAACCUUGCAGGUGGUAGUACACAGCUUAUCUUAACUGCAGGGAGGGAAUGAAUGGAUGCUUGUGGAAAGUACAGCUGCCAAAGGAGCUAUAUUUAAGGAGAACUCUAGCUACAGUAUCCAAAAUAGUCUAACAGGUAAACUAGGUGUUCCCUGCCAGGCUGAUCAGUGUUUCUAGUCCGUGAAUGAUGUUCUUCUCCCUUUUGUCUUUUGUUAGCAGCCAAUAUCUUAAUUACACAGGAUCCAUUGGAUGAUGUGAACUAGGGCCCUGACUCUGCUGUGCCAUGGGGUCCUUCAAAGAGGACAUUGGCAGGGUCACUUCUGUGCAUGUGAGUUGCCUCUGUUUUUGAGAGUGCCUGGGACAGAAGAAAUGGCCUUCCCCAUGGGACAGAGGAGGAUUUUGUCUGUGUUACAGGAAAAAAAAAAACAAAUGGGGGUAUCUGGCAUUCAUGCUAAAUGUAAAUCCAAAGCAUAUAGACGAGCACUGGGAUCUGCCUCUAUUUGCUAAAGCAGAUUAGCAAAAAGGAAGGGUAUCCCAGCAAUGGUGAUAGGAUUUAACCACGUGCCAGUGUUUCAUCAGAUAGGGAGGAGUUUAGGCACAUGUUUAUAGGCAAAUGCAUUUAAUUGCUUGGUUAGUUCAAGGACUGGGAAAUGUUCCUACGUGUGCCAAGUACAAAUGACAAAGUAGGAAAUACUAACUCACAAUUGCAGAUAAAUCCUUCUAUACAAAGAGUAACAGGGAUUGUAUGAACAAAUUUCCUGGUCUGUAUCUCACAGCAAAUUGUGGAUCACAAGGGAUUUGAAUGGAAAUCAGAUAGGACUAUUUGUAAUUGAGAUUACAUGAAAGUUUGCAAGUAAUUAAUUUUCAUUUCUUAAUGAUCUUCAAAUUCUUCUUAAUGCUAUAUCUGAAGUGAAAGAGUCUCCGUUAACUCGGGAGGAUUUUCUUGGACUUUGCCAAAUGAGAAAACUUUAUUACAGUGAAAUUUUCUCUCUGCUAGAGCACAUAAACUUUGGGAGAUUUCUUAUAAGAAUGUGUCUAUUGCAUCCUGACCUUUCUGUUAGCUUUGGCAAGAAGAGGGUCAUGGAGCCAAUGCAGGAGGAGAAGGGUCUCUUCUGACCUGCAGCACCUUCUCUGGGUGUCCGAGGAGGCCCCGCUCAGCAGGCAGGAGAGGACUUUGGCAGAUGUCAGCGCCGGGGUGAGCAGAGGUGUUUUCCCACAGGGUGCUGCAGGAAGUCUCUGCGGAGCUGGCAGAUAUAGCCCGGGCUGCUUCAGACCCUGUGGCCUCCACCAGCCCAGCCGUUCCCUGGGCUGUGAUGCUUCCAUCUUCACAGCAGAAAGUCUGGCUGCUGUGCCGUGUGUUUUGACAUAACUCAUGACAGUUAUUUUACAGUAGUUAUUUACAGCCACAUCCCAGCAGCGAUGGGCUUGGCCAGCCUUGGCACAGAUGUGACCUGUUUCUGUGCAGCUUUUCUCUUCAAGCUUCCACCAAGGUCUGCUGCUGUCUCUGCCAUAAACUCAGCACUCUCUGGGAGUGGAGUGGGGUUUAUCGCUCCUGUCAGAUGUGAGAGGUGUCUUCACGUGCCCUCAAGCCCACUUUCAAAUGCAGAUGCCUCUCUGUUCAGUACCUAACUCCCUAUAGCAUGUCUAAAUAAAUGCAGCUUAUUUCUCAGGCUAUUUAGAUUACUUCUGGCUCCCCCAAAUUGAAAAUUUUGAUCAUACUGUAUGUUUUUGCUGAGGGGAAUUGCUCUCUACUGCCCAAGAGGAUAAGAUAGAAGUGGCAUGUUUCUUGUAAGGAGGAUGCAAGUGGUUCAGCCGGACGUGGGGAAAGGAAGAAAAACUACACUAGCACUGCACUGAAAUUUGCUCUUGCUCUUGGCUGCUGUGGAAAGAUAGGGCAGCAGUCGUCAAGGGCCCACGGGCAGUUGUGUGGGUGUAUUUUUUAUCAACUUUGGAGAAAAAGUGCUAAUUCUGUUGCUUGACAGGAAAAUAUAUGGGAGGCGCAUGUUUGCUGCAGUGGUGUUCUGCUGAUUGUGCUGACAAAAGCCCCUCACCCACAGAAGUACCCCCGGCAGUCAGCCCAGGAGAGACAGUCCCAGCAAACAGAGCAGAAAAACGCUGAUUUGAGGGGUCAGUCAAAGGGACAUUUGUAUGUGCAGAUUUCCAGUGCUGCUGCUUAUCCUGGCCAGCUGCACUGCAAGAAUCAGGGGGCUCUUGCACACUGUUGAAACCUCACAGCACCAGAUUAGGUUAUAUGGGGAAAGAGCAAGACGGGCAUUUGGAUGCCCUCUGCCCUCAGCAUUUAAAGCAUUGGGUGACACAGCAGCAAUGAACCUCAUUGCUGCUGUAGCAUUUCCAGUAAGUGCCACUGUCACAGUCAUGUAUUGAGUCAUCCCUUGUGACCAGUCUUUUAAAAUGUGUUUGCCUCCGCACUGAGCACUAGUAAAAUGCUUUUAAGAUAGCAAUAAAUAGGAGUUAGAGAGAGGUGUUUGUUGUUGCAAAAUUGUUUGUUCCGUUACUGGUAAAGGUUGUUUGUCGUGAGGGGAGCGAGCAGCAGGGCAGUUUGGACAUUGCUGCAGGCACACCAAGAGCUUCCCCAGGACUUGUCUCUAACGCUGGUCACUGGUCAUAUCUCUUCCAAAUCCAGCUGGACUUCUCAUUCCCUCACAGUGAUGUUUAAUCUUUAGUUUUCUUCAUUAAAUUAACAAGAAUGGAUGCAUUUUACUUAAAUGCUCUUCCUAUGCUGACUUAUGUUUUUUCCUCUUUGCACACAAAGGUCCUAAUCUAGCAUCUAUUAUAGUGACCAGGGUAACUCUCACAUGGACUGUAAUGAAGUUUUUUAUAGGCCUGAAUUAUUCCACCACCAGGGUCACCAGUGUGUAGUACAUGCUCUGUGUUCUGCCUAUUUCUGUGAUAGUGUUGCUGGCUUUCCAUGUUGCAUUUAUUUUUUAAAAGUAUCUGUAUUACUGGAGCAGGAUCUGUAUUAUGUGGGAUUGAACAAAACAGGUCCAAGAAGAGAAUGAAUGUGAAUUUUGUGAAGUUGUUUUACUGAUCAGCCAACCUGCUAUUGUGUAAGAUCUUCUAGGGACAUAGAGGUGCUUUCUGCAGUCGCAGAUAAGAACUACUCAUCAGUUCACUCUUACUUUUCAUUCAGAAAUGGAGCAAGAUCUCCCAGUUUUGAAAGGGGUAUGAACUGUGUGCGUGUAAGAUUGUGGAAGCUUUGCAAGGUGUAUUUAAUUCUUUGUUCCCUUGAACUGUUGCAAUUGAAAAGCGGGACAGAAAUCCAUGAAAGAGUAAAAAUUAAAAAAAAAAAAAAAAGAAGAAUGGAAGGUGCUUACUUGUUUUGCAGAAGUAAACAUCUAAAGCGAUUGUGGCUUCUGUACUGUAAGGUGGUAUAUGGGAUGACACCUCCUCUGUGUCUAGUUUGUGUUGCAUGAGUGCGAAAUCCUUGUUGAGGGAAAACCUAGAGAGGGUGUCUGAUGUUCCUCAAACGUAGUAGGUAAAUGCUAAGUACCAUGGUCUUUAUUCUGGUAAAAUGCUAGAAGGGAUGAGAGUCUUGCCUAGGUUAAUGACUGCAGCAGGCAGCCUCCAGAUCUGCAAAAUCCUAUAUGGAAAAGUAAUGUGAAAUACAGUAAAACGUGAACACUUCUCUUGAACAAUUCCCCUGACAUAAAAGGUCUCCAAUAAAAACAAACCAACCAACCAAAAAAAAAACCAAACCCAAACAAAAACCAAAACAAAAACCCCAACAAACAAAUAAAAACCAAACAACACAUAAACAAAACCAAACCAAACUAAAGCAACAAAGAACCCCCACAAAACAAAACCAAACAAAAACCCAGAAAAAAUAUUAAAUAGUUUCCUUUUUUUAAAGGAAAUUCUGUUAAGCUCAGUCAUUUGUUUUAAGCCCUGUUAAAUUCUAUAGGACUUUCCCCUAACAGAAGGUCAAACCUGGUGUGUAAAAUCAUAAUGGUUUGUUUGAGCAGCUUUCAGAAUUGCAGUAGUAAAGCUCACCUCUUGUGAGCUCUAUUUAAAAGGUAAAUUUACAGCAUUUGUUUGUGCUUCUUUUAUCAACCUGGAUGUAAACCUGCUUUAUGUUCUUGACGUUGCCGUGUUUCCUUCCCUGUAUCACUCAAUGUUUGCUUCCCAGUUGCUGGGGUUCUGAGGACAUUUUUCAAACCAGUAUUAUUUAAAGUUGUAUCAUUUUUCAGCCUCCACUAAUUAUACAGUACUGUAGUAGCAAAAUAUAAUUUUUAAGGAUUGGAUUAUUUUUAUACCUGCAUCCAAUAUUAUUAAAUCUGGCGUUCUAGUCAGUAUUAUAAAAGAAUACAUUAAAACUAUGAAUGUUA